UGAGCGGCCCAGAUAUAAUGCAGAGGUGCUCAUGGGAUACAUACAACGCCAUCACAGCUCUACACACUCGUGCGACCUCAAAACUAAGGCUUCACCAAUCGGAACUCAAACCCUAACCCUAAUCGCGCUGAUCCUCCGAUCAUGGCUUUUUCCUCUCGUCUCUUAUCCAAAUCCAAACAGUUGUAUGGCAGUCAGAUCAUUUUACAACAACAGCAUGCUGUUCCAGUCCGUUUCUUCGCCAAAGAAGCUGCUCCCCCAGCUCUCAAGGGGGAUGAGAUGUUGAAGAAUAUUUUUCUGGAGGUUAAAAAGAAAUUUGAGACAGCCAUGGGGGUGCUUCGGAAGGAGAAGAUCACCAUCGACCCUGAGGACCCUGCUGCAGUCAACCAGUAUGCAAAGGUUAUGAAGACUGUAAGAGAGAAGGCAGACUUGUUUUCAGAAUCCCAAAGAAUUCAGUACACCAUUCAAACCCGAACUCAAGGUAUUCCAGAUGCUCGUACAUAUCUGUUGACAUUGAAGGAGAUAAGAAUCAAGAGAGGUCUCACUGAUGAACUAGGUGCAGAGGCUAUGAUGAUGGAUGCACUAGAGAAAGUUGAGAAGGAACUCAAGAAACCACUUAUGAGGAAUGACAAGAAAGGAAUGGCUCUUCUUAUGGCAGAGUUUGAUAAAGUCAAUAAGAAGCUUGGAGUUAGAAAGGAGGAUCUGCCCAAGUAUGAAGAACAGUUGGAACUUAAAAUUGCGAAAGCACAACUGGAGGAGCUAAAGAAGGAUGCUCUUGAGGCAAUGGAAACUCAAAAGAAAAGGGAGGAAUUCAAGGAUGAGGCAAUGGUUGAUGUGAAGUCAUUGGACAUCAGAAACUUCAUCUGAGAUACAAACCCUGCUCUGUUUUUUUAAUCCAUUUUCUUUCUCUUUUUUGGUUUUUUCUAGUUUGACAAUUGUUGGGACAAGAGUGGAAAAGGCAACAAUUGUUUCACUUAGGCGCAGGAACAUACCCGUCCUGCCUCUCAUUUAAAUAAACGGACACACCCAUCAUCAAUCUGGAAGUGUACUAGUUCUAUUGCAACUGAAAUCCAAUACUCCGUGGUUUUGUAUUGUUC